GUGGCUGGACAACAACAGCAUCGAGGGUCCGCUGCCAUCUGCCAUCUGCUCGAUUCCCAGGCUGUGGCGCAUCAUUGCGAGCAACAACCGCCAUAAUGGGCUCCUUCCAGACUGCCUUUUCAACAAAUGUGUCAACCAGAUUGAUGUGAGUGGUAACAGCCUGUACGGGCGCAUCAACCGCAACUUCAGGAACAUGGUGGCGGAUGGCGAUGCCCUCAUCAACUUGGUCCACAACUUCUUCUUCGGCGAUGCCGUGCUCUUUGCUGCCGGCUGCCAGAUCUGCCCCGUUGAGAUCAGCGAGCCCAACCACCUGGUGGUGGCGGAAGCCAAUUCCGGCAAAGGGGCUGGGAAGUGCAUUGGUGGCAUAAGUCCCAUGAAAGAUUACUCAGUUGGCGGGGCAGGCAAGGGCGCGAGGGUGAGUAUGUCAGGCAACUGCCUGACUCUCAGCCCGGACGCGGAUUGCCCCUCCAACGCCACCCAGCGCAGCACAGCAGCCUGCCAGGCGUUCUGCAGCAUCACUGACAACGGCCCGUGUGACGGCCAUGGGGAGUGUGUGCCACCAGCACCCGCCUCCCCCUCCAACUUCACGUGCCUCUGCCAUGCCGGCUACUCUGCUCUUGACUUGGGCAAUGGCUCCACCUGUGCUGUUGUCAACUCCACCACCACCACUGUCUCCUCGAUCUCCACGGGUGCCAUAGUGGGCAUUGCUGUGGGGUGCUUUGCUGGCCUCACUCUCCUGGCUGCCAUACUCGCAUGGCUGCUGUGGCCCCGCAAACAGAGGAAGUGGGGGGGGCUGGACGUGUGUGAGCAGUACACGCUGCAGCAGAUAUUGACGGCGACAGACAACUGGGCAAAAGAGAAUGAGCUGGGCAAGGGAGGCUUUGGCAUUGUGUACAAGGGCUGCUCGUCACAGGGGCAGCAGUGGGCUAUCAAGCGCUCUACCGUCAUGACAAAUGAGUUUGAAACAGAGGUGCGAGCCAUGGCAUCCCUCCACCACACGAAUCUGGUGCGACUGCUGGGCUUCUGUUUGGAUCAGGAUGUGGAGACGGGCAAGCAGGAGCAGAUCCUGGUGUACGAGUAUGUGGGCAACAGGGACCUCGAGUACCACAUCCACAAGUCCAAGCGCCCGCUCUCCAUGAGGCAGCGACUGCGGCUGGCACAGGGAGCAGCAGAGGGUCUGGCGUACCUGCAUGGGUUUGACACGCACAUCAUCCAUCGCGACAUCAAGCCCGCCAACAUCCUUGUGACGGCCGACAUGCAAGCCAAGGUGGCCGACUUUGGGCUGCUCAAGCUGCUCACUCACGGCGGCUCCGAUGCCACACGAGUGGCAGGCACUCCGGGCUAUGUGGACCCCGACUACAACCGCACCAGCUUUAUCACUGCUAAGAGUGACGUCUUCAGCUUUGGAAUAGUUCUUCUCGAGUUGUUGACAGGAAAGGCACCUCGAGAUCUCCUUGGUCUUCCUAUCAAAGACUGGGCGCUGAAGGAGAUGGAGGCAUAUCACUUGGACGAACUCAAAGACAGCAAGCUAGAAGCAAGUGAGGGGGCUAUAGUGGACUUUGCUGACCUGGCUCUGGACUGCGUCAAGUCACCGGGCACACGACGGCCUGACAUGGGGGAUGUUGCAUACCGUCUCAAAGUGCUCAUUCAGAAGCAUUGCCCAGAAUCGGAGGCCAAUUGGGAGAGCACGGAGCAGGCAGAUAACACAAGUACUGGUGAUUCGUUCCCACGGUCGGAAGGUGGUUCUGCGUGCAAUAUUGGUGGACGAGAGUCACACAUGGGGUCUCAAGUGUCUCAAGGCUCGCUUGGACUGAGCGGGUCCUCCUCGAGCAGCUUCGGCUUGGGGGUUACUGGCAUCAAGAGCUGGCUGCACACCCGGUUUCAGGGCCUCAGAUAUUAG